AUGCCUUCCGCCACAACCGAUGACUUCUUGUCCAUGACCCCUCCGGACACCUCGGAUAUUGCUCUUGCUGCCUCUAAGGUCACCUCCGGUGCUGUAUCUGAUGCCAUUCAGGUUAUCUCCACCGAGCGGGCAGCCUUGGCGCACUUGGAGCACAUUUAUCAGACCGAUGCUCUGGCCCAGGAACACCUUGCGCGCGCAGUGACUCGGAUCGCGCGCACCAUCAAACAUGGCGGAAAGCUGGUCUGCUGCGGGGUGGGCAAGAGCGGGAAAAUCGCCCAGAAGCUGGAGGCCACGAUGAACAGUCUCGGAAUCUACAGUGCUUUUUUGCAUCCGACGGAAGCCUUACACGGCGACCUUGGCAUGAUUCGACCGCAUGAUACCCUUUUAUUGAUUUCCUUUUCCGGGCGUACACCCGAACUUCUACUUCUGCUGCCUCAUAUUCCGUCAACCGUUCCAGUGAUUGCCAUCACUUCGCACAUGCACCCUUCGACCUGCCCUCUCUUGUCCUUCCAACCCUCGGACAUGGGGAUCCUCCUACCCGCCCCGAUUCACGAGGAUGAGGAGUCUUCCAUUGGUGUGAGUGCCCCGACAUCGUCCACCACGGUGGCCUUGUCGCUGGGAGAUGCGCUGGCUAUCGCCACGGCUCGACGACUGCAUACCGCUCCGGGGCGGGGUCCGGCCGAGGUGUUCAAGGGUUACCACCCGGGCGGUGCGAUUGGGGCUGCCUCGAUGGCGUUGACCCCGAUGAGCAUGUCCUCCGCCUCCAGCACCUCUACUCCGUCCGACUACAUCCCAACGCAGGACUCUAUCGUCUCGUUCCCCCCAGUGGACCGCAAAGGAAGCCAACAACCACGCGUCGCGGAUGCGUCAACUGCCCUCGACCAGAUCCCUAAGGUCUCUGCAUCAGGCAAGAUCCGUCUCUUAGAUAUCCUACUUACAGCUAUCCAACAUCCCCAUGCGAAAUCAUGGGUCUUCUUGUCCUCGUCAGAGAUCAUUCCUCCGCGACACCUUCGUUUCCUUUCUCAGAGCAAUUAUGUGGAUAUGCAUGUGUCCUCGUUCGUGGAUCUGGGCCUUCCCUUUAGCGUGUCCCGCAAAGACUGGCUUCAGAUUCCCAGCUCGAGCAGCAUCGACGACGCCCGCCGGCUGGUGUCCGAGGCCAAUGCCACCGCCAGUACGACGGUGGUUGUGCUCGCAGUCAUGCACGACAACGAGUGCCUGGGCGUGAUCGAGGCCGAGGAUCUGUGGAAUGAUUGUGAUGACUAG